CAGUAACCAGCCAGCAGACAGCUUAUUACAAGCCAUGCGUCUCCUACUUCCCAUGAUUUUCUUGUCCUUCGUGAUGAUGAGUUCGUCACAGGCGCAGUACCCUCGGCCUCGACGCCCUGAACGAUUUGAUACAGCGGAACAGAUAUCUAAUUAUCUCAAAGAACUUCAGGAAUAUUACUCCGUGCACGGCAGAGGAAGAUACGGAAAGAGGCAAAUGCAUAUAGCUGACGCGUCCGUCAUCUUCAGAGAGAUGCCGUUCUUCGAGAACAAUCUCAAUGACGACGUGUUCAAAAACCUUGGAUACACAUAGACACGAAAAAUUUUACGAACGAUAGAACGCCCAAGUAAUGGUCUUCCUUACCUUUCCGAACGUAAAUAUUUCCUUUCCUAUUAGUGCCAAAUAAUCUUAAGACUAAAUUAUGUUAGUUAUAUUAUUAUGAUUAAGGAUUAAUUUUUUUUCCGUCUCGAUUCUAGUCAAUUAAGACACGUCACAGAAAGAUAAAUUUCAGGCUGGGUGAAAAUUAUUUUUGGUGAUUGUUAUUUCAUUAAAUAGAAAUUGUAGUUUUAAAAUAAACUUUAUUCGAUGCAAUACAUAA